UCAACGGAAACCAACCCUGCGGUGGUCCGGUCUCCGCUCCACUUCGAAUCCUCCGCCCUCACCCGUCGGAUUUCUCCGGGCCCUCUUCCCUCUCCACAUAUAACUGUAGAUCUCCCGGCCAUGUCUCUCGCCUCCUCCUCCGCCGGCUCCAGUUUCUAAGCAUCCUUUUGCUCCAGCGAUGCCGGCUUCUCUCUCGCUCUCCCUUCCCUUCCCAACUGCCGCCCCUCCGGCAUCCGAUCCGUCGGCCGCCGCUGCCCCCUUCGGUGCAUUCUGCAGUUACGGCCUACGGUUCUGCGGCCUCCGCAGGGAGGACUUGUCACUCCGCUCGCUGAAUUGGGCGGCCUCGGGGCGGAUCACCCCGGAUUCCUCCCGGAGGUUCUCGAGGAAGAUCUUGGCCGUGGUGAAGGAUAACGGGAGCCCCGCCAAAGUCUUUGAUUAUGAUCUCGUCAUCAUCGGAGCUGGCGUCGGAAGCCAUGGCGCUGCGCUCCAUGCAGUCCAGAAGGGUUUAAAAACUACCAUUAUUGAAGGGGACAUUGUUGGUGGUACUUGUGUAAAUAGAGGAUGUGUUCCAUCUAAAGCUCUUCUUGCUGUUAGUGGUUGCAUGCGUGAACUUCAUGAUGAGCAUCACCUGAAGGCUCUGGGUCUACAGGUCACAUCUCCUGGUUAUAAUAGACAAAGCGUUGCUGAUCAUGCAAAUAAUCUUGCUUCCAAAAUUCAGAUUAAUUUGACUAAUUCAUUGAAAGCUCUAGGUGUUGAUAAACUCACAGGUGUAGGCACUAUUGUGGUAAGUUGCAUGUGCUUGAUAUUAAUUUUUCUCAAUGGAGUUGUGUUUCCCUUCAACACUAAUCUAUAUUUAUUUCUUCCUCUGCUUAUGCAUGAGGGUACACAAAAGGUGAAAUAUGGAAAGGUCGGGUUUCCUGGUACAGAAAUUACAGCUAGGAAUACAAUAAUAGCUAGUGGAUCUGUUCCCUUUGUACCUAAUGGCAUUGAAGUGGAUGGGAAAACUGUAUUCACUAGUGAUCAUGCACUCAAGCUGGAGCGGGUGCCAGAUUGGAUAGCUAUUGUAGGAAGUGGUUAUAUUGGACUUGAAUUUAGUGAUGUGUACACUGCCCUUGGUAGUGAGCCUCAAGCAAGGGAGAAAGGUGAGAAGGAUAUGUUUGAAGUACGUGUUGCUAAGACUAGUUUCAAGGCUAACACAAAAGCUCUGGCAGAGAAUGAAGGCGAGGGGCUCGCUAAGUUGAUAUACAGACCUGAUAAAGGGGAGAUCCGUGGAGUUCAUAUUUUAGGGCUGCAUGCUACAGACCUCAUCCAUGAGGCAUCAAAUGCUAUAGCCCUGGGAACACGUCUACAGGAUAUAAAAUUUGCCGUUCAUGCGCAUCCAACUUUAUCUGAAGUUUUACAUGAACUCUUCAAAUCUGCCAAGGUUAAUGUUGGUCUCCCGUCUUCUGUAAGUCAACCAGUUGCAGCCAAACCAGUCUUUAGAUGAUCUCGGUUAUCAGGAGGAAGCCUUCUCAAAUACCUUAUAACACAUCAAGAAUCUCAUCUUUGUUUCCACUGAAGAUAACGAAUUCGUGGAAAGCUCAGUGGAGCUCUGCUGUUGCUGCUACCGACGGAAGGAGAGUGACGGCUACCACUGAAGACUUGGACCAGCGGAGCAAUCAAAGCCACAAAGAACAAGUGGGUGAUAGGAGGGCCACGAUCCGGAAAAAUUAGGUUUGUCAUUGCCAAAAGCUGCCGGUUCCCGGGACAAGUAUGCCGAAAUUAAUUGCUCGUCGAACGGCAGAGCUUUCUCAGCGUCAGACGGUCUCCUCGAGGUAUGUAUUGAUUGCAUGGUCCUCAGCACACCGUAAUGAUUACUUCUUACUGCAUUUUGUUGCGUAGAACUCAAUGUGACAAUAUAUGCAUGCUCUUGUCUUGAUUGGUGCCACUGUUCGCUACCUUUCCAACGCACAAAUAUACGCCCCGUUCCUAAAAUCUUUCUUCUGCAAACACUGUCACGUAGCUGCAAUUUGUC